AUGGCUGGUCUGGUCACGAAUGCUUCGGGACUUAUAGCGCUUCGCUUCUUCGUGGGUAUCUUGGGUGGGACAUUUGUGCCUUGUCAAGUGUGGUCCACUGGCUUUUUCGACAAGAACGUUGUUGGAUCUUCUAAUGCCCUGAUUGGAGGUUGGGGUAAUGCUGGUGGUGGUAUUACCUACUUCUUGAUGCCUUUGAUCUAUGACAGUUUGAAGAGCGACCAAGGACUAUCUUCCCACGUCGCAUGGCGUGUAGCCUUCAUCGUGCCCUUUAUCCUGAUCGUGUCCACUGCUCUCGGAAUGCUGCUGCUCUGCGACGAUACACCCACUGGCAAGUGGAGCGAACGACAUGACAAUGCCCAACGUCUCGCCCACAGUGCUCAAGCUGCUGUUGUCAGUUCACCCGGGCAUGCGAGCAGCGGCAGCAGUACUCCCGAAGUACGUGAGAAGAGAGACAUGGAGAAGGGCGAGGGCGACGCCUCAGACUACCAACAGCCAAAACAAGGUGAAAUGACUGAUCUCGCUGUGGGCGAAGUCAUCGUCGCACCAACUCUGAAGCAUACACUCCACAUCAUCACCUCACCACAGACCCUCUUCCACUGCGCGACUUACUUCUGCUCGUUCGGCGGCGAGCUCGCGAUUAACUCUUACCUGGGAGCAUACUACCUCAGGAACUUCCCCUAUCUUGGCCAAACGCAAGCCGGCCGCUGGGCAUCCAUGUUCGGCCUGCCGAACGUAGUGACCAGACCACUUGGCGGUAUCAUCGCCGACAUCCUCUUCAAGCACACCAAGUCUCUAUGGGUCAAGAAGUGCUGGAUUUUGUUCGUUGGCAUUGUCUCUGGCGCCUUCCUUAUCGCUAUUGGCUUGACAGAUCCAUCCUCAGAGUCCAUGAUGUUCGGUCUGAUCGCUGGUAUGGCCAUCUUUGUGGAAGCUGGCAAUGGCGCGAACUUUGCUCUUGUGCCACAUGUCCACCCAAGUGCCAAUGGAGUUCUGUCGGGCACUGUGGGCGCGGUCGGGAACUUGGGUGGAGUCAUCUUCGCGAUCGUGUUUCGUUAUCAUCACGCGGACUACGCGACGAGCUUUUGGAUCACGGGUGUCAUGACCAUUGGCAUGAACCUGAUAUUAUGCUGGGUGAAGCCGUUGCCGAAAGGCCAGCGAUAA